AUGUCUAGAACCAGAUUCAAAGCCCUAAUGGCCAUGUUGCAUGUGGUAGAUCCCGCUAAAGAAGAUAAAUCCCAUAAGCUGCGUGAAGUUGAGUCCUUUAUUGAUUAUUUUAAAUCUAGGUGUCUUGCUUUGUACCAGCCCAGACAAAAUUUAGCUAUUGACGAGCGCAUGGUUAAGUCUCGCCACAGGUCUGGUAUACGUCAGUAUAUCAAAGACAAGCCCACCAGAUGGGGUAUUAAAUUGUGGGUAUUGGCUGACAGUUCAAAUGGUUACACUGUAGACUUCAAUGUCUACAUUGGUAAAGUCACUGGGCAGGAAACUAGUAAAUUUGGGUUAGGUUAUGAUGUAGUGAUGAAACUUAUAAGGCCUUUUCUAAAUCAGGGUUACCAUUUAUUUGUUGAUAACUUUUAUACAUCAGUCAAAUUGUUCAAAGAUUUGUUUGCUCAGGGAGUCCUUGCCACUGGUACCAUGCGGGAAACCAGGAGAGACUUUCCAGCUGCGCUCAAAAACAGUAAGGAAUGGGCUAAGGGGAAAGAAAGGGGUAGCAUGCGUUGGGAAAGAGAUCCUCCUUGUUUGGCACUUCAGUGGGUGGAUAACAAAGUAGUUUCAAUGUUAACAACUAUAGAUAGAGCUAAUGAUCAUGGUCUGGUCAACAGGAAAACAAAGAAAGAUGGUGUGUGGAACACAAGGGAAGUAUCACAACCUAAAGUUAUAGAUAAUUACAAUAAGUUUAUGAGUGGGGUUGACCGAUCUGAUCAAAUUCUAACUACAAAUAGUGCACUACGUAAGUCCAUGAAGUGGUGGAAAACUUUGUUUUACCACCUAAUUGACAUGGCUGUAGUUAAUGGUUUUAUUCUUUUUAAAGAGCAUCAGGCUCAGUUUCCUGACGAUGAUGCUCUUAAAAGGCCCUCCCAUUAUUCUUUGGCUGAUUUCCGGGUAGAAAUUAUUAGACAAAUCUGUGGUUUCCCUGAUUAUGGUAGUCCACCUGCGAAUACCACAGUGGAAUCACCCCCUCCUGCCCCAGAGGAGUUUAUAUCUGUCCAUAUCCCAGUUUUCUCUAGUACUCAGAGACGCUGUGUG